GUGUAUCAAUGUUAUCCCGACCAACCAACUUCCGCUCCAAUCAACUCGAUCCUCCACUAUCUCCAGUCUCCACUCAAGUCUCCUUCAACUAUGGCCCAUUCAAGAGCUGACCUUCACCAAAUCAAAACCCAAAGCAGUGCCAUCAGCCAUCACCUUGUGGAUUUUAUGCUGAAGAGAGACGGGAUACAACUGAAAUGCAACUACAGCCACGCCAAGCUUAUGAGGGGUCUCCUUGAGAAGGAUAAAGGUUUUAAAGAUGCGAUUUCGACGUUGGAAACUUGCUGUACAGACCUGAAACUGAAGCAUCAACAAGAAAUUGAGGGCAGAGUGAAGACGCUGGACAUAUCUCACCAACAACUCUAUGCUGAAUAUCAAGACUCUUGUUCCAGGCUCAUGGUAGACGACAUCAAGUGGGGCAAGAUUGCAGUGCUGCUCUUCUUCACGAGCGUACUAGCGAAACGAUUGUAUGAAGAGAACAAGACUCCCUUGAUAGACAGUAUCGUUGGAUGGCAGACGACAUUUCUUCACGACUUCACUCAGUGGAUUCUCGAGCAUGGCGGUUGGGGUGCCAUCAAGGGAGCAGUGAGUAUUGAUGCCUCUGAGAAAGCCAAAGAGAGAACUGAAAACCAGAGAGCUGAGAACCGCCGCCCUACUGCCUGGCUCACAGUUGCUGCAAUCAGCUUUGGAGUUGCCCUAGUAGGAGCUCUCACAUUCAAAUAGAACACUUUUGUUGAAUCACUUAAUUCGGACCGACCUCACUCAAUCUCUCCUUCACAAUCACUUAGUAGUUUUAUUUUUACAAUUUUCUUGCGAAUGUUUCAAAAAAAAGUUUCUUAUAAUUAUACCAUUAAUUAUUAUUAUUAAUUAUG